AUGAAUCGCAAGGAAAAGCGUCCCGCCGAUAACGCGGAAAAUCGCGCCAUGAACACAGAUGGCUUUUCUGAUCCGGAUGAAACAUCCGAAUCAUCCGUCUUCGCGAUCGAUCAGCCAGCGAUCAUUAACGUUCAGUCGUUCAGGCUUUUCCGCCAAAGCGAGCAGUCACGGAAAGUGGAAAGUGACACGAAGCAUGCAAAUGCGGCUAUCAUAGAGGGACCAUUUGUUAUUUUCAUUGUGAUCACUGCGAGUUCAUCACACCUUGUGCUCAACAUGGAUAAACAAUUCCUUUUAUGCACUCGAAAACAGGAAAGGAAGCUGCCACCAAAUAAUGAGCCUCAAGAGCAGUCCAGCUCAUGUGGUGAACCACGUGAAGUUAACUGUGUGGGCUUUGCAAAGCUGAUUGAUACUUCCACGAAGAUCAUCAAAGAAAAGACCGCUAGCAGAGGAUUUGUCUCCAGUGACUGA